AUGCUGCUCCAACACUCUGUGGGGAGCCUGCAAAAUUUGGAGGCUCUUGCAGAGAUCCACAAGCUAGGAGAGCUAGGAAAUCACGCUGGCCCAGUUGAGCCAUCUGCUGGCCUUUCAAUGGGCGGCUCCAGCGACGGCUGUGCAGAUGGCCGUCCUGCAGUGAAGACAACCAGGUGUGACUCCACCACCGCAGCCAUGGCCUUUCUCUCCACCCUGAAGUUCAGUAUCGAUGAUAUCGAUGGCGAUGCUGCUAGCCUGGAGGACUGCUUGGGGAAGGGCCGCUGCCCAGGUUGCUCAAAGUGGGCGCGCCUCUACUGCCCCCACUGCGUUCGGAGCGUCGUUCCAAUUCCGGAGCCACUCCACCUUGGGCUACAGGUGCUUAUCUUCCGACACCCGAAGGAGGCCGCUGCCAAGUCUUCUGCGACGCCUUUGCCACUGCUGUCUCCGGAUGUGCAAGUCAGCGAGUGGCGACCUCCCUGUGGCUCCCAGGAUCUCUUGUUCCUGCAGAGCCCUGGGACGUGGCUGGUCUACCCAAGUGAGUCUGCAGUUGACGUUUCUCAUGUGAAGUGGGAGGAAGUUCAGCGCAUUGUCCUGGUGGACAGCCGGUGGAAGCAUGCCAGGACGGGGCUGUCCGGGAAGGCAUCACAGAUUUCUGGGAUCUUCGAUUUUGUUGUUUUCUUCUGCUUUCAGGCCCAGGCCAUCCUCGAAGACGAGGAGUUGAAGUUGCGUGCCCUUCCCGCCAUGAAGUUUGGUCCGGAAUCUUCGGCUCCUUCACGCUUCUGGCGAUCUGCGACUGAAAGGCUGGCCGACGUCCAAGGUCUCCUCUCCACUGCGGAAUGUUUGCACCGCAUUCUCAAAGCACGAAGCCUGGGACCCGGCCUGGGAGACACGUCGCAGAGACUGGAUGACUUGCUUUUCUUUUUUGCCCUCCGUCUGCGACUUGUCAUUCAAGAGUAUGCAGAGGAUCCGGACCGCUGUUGCCCUUGGUGCACGGAGGCCGAGCGACGCAAGUGUGUACACGAGGGAAAUGAGCGGAAGCGCCAAGAGGCUCUGGACUGCCAAGAGGGCUGA